CUUCGCUCUCAUUGGCCAUCGUUUUCACGUGACGUCACAAGGCGCUAUUUUUCACUUCAGCCUAGCCUAAGCUUUGGAAACCUGAUGAAAGCACAGAUAUUUAUCCUUCCAUUUUCUGUUGGGUCUAUCUAAAUCUGAAAAUAAAACGCUGCUUUUCGCCUGCGGUAGCAUUCAGCCUGAGACAAUGACGCUUGUUGUGAUCAUUGGAAUAUUCCCUGUGGAUGGUCAAGUUUGUACCUAUUAUAAUUUCAAUACUCAUGGGAAACAUUAUGGAAGCGGAGACAUUGUAGAGCUGCCACGCCAUGAGAAUCAGCUGACAUCAGUAGUGAUUCUUGGGAUUCAUGAGAACAUUAGCCAAGCACAAGAUGAGGCUCAUCUGUACUUUAAGCGCCUUUGUAGGUGGGACGAUGUGGAUCCCAAAGAUGUUAAAGUAUUCGGUCAUGACUUGGGUCCAAUAGAAGAAGAGGUUUCGCAGAUAGCUCUCUUUGAAACACAAGGAAUCGAAGGACCACUGCUUUCUCGAACAAAUACUUUUGAAUUGAUGGGCCGCAACCAACCAGAGUCUACAGAAGAUUCUUAACAUGUAUUUGUUACUAUUAUUUACUUUGCCCUGUCAUUAAAAUACAAGCAGCUUCACAAGCUGCUUGUUACCAAACAGA